GAAUAUAAUAAAGAUGACAGAUGAUCAUGCUUCAAACAAGCUGAGACAAAAUCACAGAGAGUGUGAAAGCUUUCACUAUAAAUAAACAGAGCAAUAACCCUCAGAACCAACUUGCUCACUCCCUCUUUACUCAUAGAAAGAGAAUCACACAUGGAGAGAGUCAGAAAAUAAAUAGGUCUUGUAAUGGCACUCAUCCAAAUUUUUCUGAAAGUCAGAUAACACACUAAAUACUCAUCUCUGACCAAAUCUUAGCUGUUCUCUCUGAUCCAUGAUGCAAAAUCUCACACCAAACGCCCAUAAUUCAUCAGAUCCCAAUGUAGUAGAAAUAGCACGCACUUACACGCAUUAGUUGAUCUCGGCCAUUGAUUUAAAAUCGAUCGGCUCACAUUGCACCUUUCCUACAUUAACUUUGGAAUCUAAAUCCCAUAAUUCUUUUGUCCCCAUCCCCACUUUGCCUUCAAAACAAAACCCAAAUCUCCAAAACGCUCAAAAGUAAGGAGAUGAAGAUCCAGUGUGAUGCAUGUCACAAACAAGAGGCCUCCUUGUUUUGCCCUGCAGAUGAAGCAGCUCUCUGCAAUCAAUGUGAUCGCAAUAUCCACUAUGCCAACAAGGUCUCUGCUAAACACAAACGCUUCACUCUUCACCACCCCACUUCCAAAGACACCCCUCUCUGUGAUAUCUGCAAGGAGAGGCGUGCAUAUCUAUUUUGCAAAGAAGACAGAGCAAUACUUUGCAGGGAAUGUGACAUUCCUAUCCAUGAAAUCAACAAACUUACCAAGCAACACAACAGGUUUCUUCUCACAGGCGUAAAGAUCGGUGCUUCUUCUUCUUGUUCAAAUCCAACAAUUUCCAAUGGCUCAGAACUAAGAACCUCAAGUCCAAGACCAAGUUCAUUUUCAAGUGAAAAUAAUAGUUGUUCUCAAAGUUCAUUCAAAGAGAACAUGGUUUGUGACACAGUUUCAACCAGUAGCAUUUCCGAAUACUUGAUUGAAACGAUUCCUGGUUACUGCAUGGAGGACCUUUUUGAUGCUUCUUUUGCACCUAAUAACGUUUUCUGUAAUAAGGAUUAUUAUGAACAGAACCAAGAUCUUCAAGUUAUAAACAUGUCUGACUGGGUACCACAAUCUCAAGUUAGAUUCCCUCAGCUUAGUGCUAAUUCGAAUGUUCCCAAUUGAUUCUUUAGAUGGGGUUAUGAAAAUGCAACAUACAAAAGCUGUUGAAGGAUACAAAGUUCCUUCAACUAGUCCUUCAUUCAUCAAACAAUGUAGAGGCACUCGUUAAUAAACUUCUGUAAAAAUCUGUUAAAAAAAUCUCCCAUCAUUUGUUUUCUUAUCCGUUUACAAUUUUUAUCUAGAAUUUCUAUGCAAUUUUGUUCUCAUCUAAGGUAGAAAGUAGGCCUCUUAAUUAUGUACUUUUCUCCUUUCCUUUUCCCGUUUCAUAUGUACGAAUUACCUACCCCAUUUUUCUCCCA